UGCACCGGGCGCUGCGAGCUCGACCGGGUCUGCGCUGCCUUCCUCGUGCACCGCCUCCCCGGCAGCCCGCCACGCUUUCGCUCCCGGCCACUUGCUGAGGACUGCGCCAGAUCUCAAUUACCAGAGGCGAUCCGAGCGACCAGACGCCUUCCUCUUCGUUUUGCAUUGACUUCCAUUUGCAAUCGAGUUUUUUUUUUUUUUUUCCUUCCAUUCUUCUUCUUUUGAUCCCUUUGCAGAAUGGAUUAUUUUCCCGUGAUCUUCUCUCUGCUGUUUGUGGCUUUCCAAGGAGCUCCAGAAACAGCUGUCUUGGGAGCAGAGCUCAGCACCCAAGCUGAGAAUGGAGGGGAGAAUCCUCCUCCCAGCACAUCCUGGAGACCCCGUAGGUCCAAGCGUUGUUCCUGUUCCUCCUUGAUGGACAAGGAGUGUGUCUACUUCUGCCACUUGGACAUCAUCUGGGUCAACACUCCCGAGCGUGUUGUUCCAUAUGGACUGGGAAGCCCUUCCAGGUCCAAGCGUUCCUUAAAGGACUUACUUUCUACAAAGGCCACAGAUCAAGGGAAUAGAUGUCAGUGUGCUCACCAAAAAGACAAGAAGUGUCGGAAUUUCUGCCAAGCAGGAAAAGAAUUCAGAGCCCAAAAUACCAUGCAGAAAGGGUUAGAGGACUUCAAGAAAAGAAAAGCCUGUUCCAAGCUGGGAAAGAAAUGCAUCUAUCAGCAGCUGGUGGAAGGAAGAAAAAUGAGAAGGUUGGAGGCCAUCAGUAAUAGCAUCAAGACAUCUUUUCAUGUUGCAAAGUUGAAAGCUGAGCUCUAUCGAGACCAGAAGUUGACACACAACCGAGCACACUGACUAUGAAGCUUCUCUGAGUUCUGGAAGCCAUGAUGUCCAUAGAGCAAGCCCGUGGCCAACUCUGCACUCUCCAUGCUGCCUGGGUUCUCCGCAAGAGCAUCCGUCCUGCUUCUACAAUUUCUUGUUUCAGACUAGCAGGGGACCAGCAUCCUUGUUCUAAACAUUCCAAGAAAGGUUGAGAUGUUCCCUAACCUGUCUUCAUUUGCUUCUGCUGGUGCUGACUGCUUUUCUCCCCUUCUUGCUAUUUGGGAAUGCCAGUGGACCUCUCGGAGAGCAGAGACAUGAUGACAUUCUAGGGUGGCAUCAUCCAGAGAGGAAGGAGAUUCCACACCAGGGUGGAGUUUCUGCAGAAAGUCCAUAGGGAGUGCUUGUGUCUGACUCAGGCGCCUGGCACAUUUCAGGGAGAAACUCCAAAGUCCAUGCAAAAAUUUUCUGAAGAAUGCAUAAAUUGAAAACAUACUCCAAGGACAAACACUUGAGUUUUUUUAAAAAAAAAAAAAAAAGGAAGAAAAAAAAGGACAAAGACUUUUUUUUCCAAGUUGUAAAAUGCAAAACUCAAAGCAACUGUUACUACUGUACAUUAGGAUGUGUUCCAUGAAUAUAAGUCUACCUCACCUUACUGCACUGUCAUAUAUAUACCCCACCUUUCAUUAUUGCCUCCCUAGAUGCCGUCCUCUCCUGCCACCAGGCUCCCUAUCUGCUGUACCGAAUCCUUGCCUUGUCUAGCUAGUCCAAUGUGUCAGUCAGUAGUAGAUGAAACAUUUCCAUGCUAAUCUGCUAGCCCUGAUCUAUGAGAAAGAGGAUGGCAGAAUCCAGCCCCUGCCCUUGACCUUGGGAAAUACAAUGGUAUAGAGUUGUUUGUGAAAGAUCUUGAAAGCUGGUUUGCUAAAGAGCAGUAAAAGUUUGUUCCUGUAUGUAACUGGCUAAUGGAAAGGGUUAGAUUGAAUUUUGAUGUACUUAUUUUUUUAUAGAUAUUUAUAUUCAAACAAUUUAUUCCUUAUAUUUACCAUGUUGAAUAUAUGUCUGGGCAGGCCAUAUUGGUCUAUGUAUUUUUUUAAAUGUAUUUCUGAAUGAAAUUGAGAACAUGCUUUGUUUUGCCUGUCAAGGUAAUGAUUUUAGAAAAUAAAUAUUUUUCCCUAUUGUA